AUGUCCAUAAAAUCGCAAAAGUCAUUAAAUGACGAGUGCUCUGAAAUAUUUGAGAAGAGUUACUCAGUGAGGAGUGACUCGAAUGAAAGCCUCUCCUGUGAUGAAGACGAGGAUUCCUUAUCCAGGGAACUUUUGAAGAAACUCACCCCGGCCGUGCACAGCAAACUCAGGCGUAGCUUUAAAAAAGCUAAAGAGAGAAACGCAGCGAGAGAUAUCGAACGCCGAGUAGAGGAGGUGAUGCGAACCGCUGCGGCAGAAGAAGGCAUAGAAUUUGCGACGCCGGCGACGAGGCAACCCAACACGUUGUACCUGGACGAGACGAGCUUUGUGGCAGCUUUGGAAAACAUUUUUGGUCAUCACAAGUACACAACCCAUGCGCACCAGCUUUUCCAAGCAUUAGACGCGUUUGGUAGCGGGCGAGUGUGGUGGAAGCAGGUAGUAGCGAAACUGGUAGCAGCAGGCGCAAGGAGUACCACCUCCAGAUGUGAGAGAUGGAGCCCCGUCAGCAUUGGAGGGAUGAUGAAGCUGGAACACUGUAAGAGGGAAACGAUAAUAAAACUCGUAAAUAUAGAGAGAGAGCACUCUUUUUGCUACGCGGCGGUGACGAGGGGAGGUCGCGUGGGAGUGUACAGCGGAGAACUGCAGCUUCUAAGCUCUUACGAAGACGUCCAGUGUCUGUUACUGUCGGCAUCGGAUCGCAGCUUGACCAUAUACGAUGUGACAACUCUGACGCACACGCCACUCUACUGCAUCACUGGAUUACCCAACAUACCCACAUGCCUGACAUACAACCCAACCAUGAACGGCGGUAACGAGUCCGAGCUGAUCUUCGGCACGGAGAGAGGCGAUCUCACAAAAGUCCGGUUCCUACAACCUCGUGUUUCACUCCUUUUUAUGAAGUUGCCAGAUAAUAUCAAUUACUACUACUGGAUGGAGCUCUUCAAUGCUCCCCAUACAUCCUACUGCAGCAUCACAAAUUGGCGGAAAGUCCAUUCACGCUCUGUCAGACGCGUGAGACACGCGCGAGAUGGCGAUAUUGUGCUGUCCUGCUCGCACGACACGUCAGUCAGCGUUCGCUCGAGACAUGCUCUCGGAAAACUAGCAGAUUAUGUGUUUAAAGUGCAAAGAGGCGUCUCCUGCUUCCAUAUGGUGCCCUCAUUGCACAUGUUGGUGACAGGAAGUCCGGACGGAAUUGUUCGUUUGUGGGAGAGUCCUCAGAGCUCGCCAUUCGCUUCUCUUUCUAUUCCUGGAUCUCCAGCUGUACUUGAUGUCGCUGUCGUCGUCGCUUUGGAAAUUAUCGUUGCUUAUUGCAGUAAUUGUUAUUUGCAUAUUUGGGAUUUGUAUGAAGAGUGCCUUCUUCAAACCGUCAAAAUCAAGUUCCCUUUUCUUGGAGUGUUGGGCAAGAGGGUGGAGUUCGGGACCUACUCAAUACAUGCUGGUCCUCCCCGAAGAGAAGAAAUCGAUGAAGAUGUUCAGGGUAUUUUGGACGCGACGAGUUCACGGCGUGGUUCGAGUGUGUACCGAGGUUCCACGGGGGGAUUGAUACUAAUGACAGAACCAGCUCAAGCUUCUUGGGAUCAGAGGGGACUGGAGCAAGAUCCAGAAAAUAUCCGAUUCAAUCGUUCCGAACUCUUAAUAACCUGUUGUGACUACGUCUGUAUCAUCGUUCUCCGAGACAAUCACGGGUCUCCUCUGCCUCCGCCUGGUGACACACUGAGAGCUAGACGACCUUCGUUUUGGGAACUACCUGCUGAUUUAAUGUCGCCAAUCGUACCGGUGACUGCCAAGCCUGCACCACCAUCACCGAAGCUCCUUAAGCCAGUAGCGAUUAAACAAUCAACACAAGAUCUCGAUGAGCUCUUAGAGAAAGCAGGACUGCGAGGAAUAUUGGAAAAGGACUUUGUAUUAAUGCAAGGUCUCAAACACGACUUGAACAAGAAACUGUACGAAAUGGAGGCAAAUAAAGAAGCCAUUCGAUCAGCGGUGACCGCCGGCGCGCCGUACCUCGCGCUAAGAAACUACGAACCAGAACCGCUACCGACUUUUGAAGAUCUUGCAGAAGAAUGUUCACGGGUCAUGAGAAUACUCCCAGGCUCCAGCGUCAUCGCAUCGCCGUCGGGAAGCGAGUUCUCUUCGCCGCGGAACUCUAAGUCUUUUAAAUUAUGUAAAGUGAAGAAUAGUACAUAAAUCGAUUAAUCAGUUAAACAUAACAGGUUCGUAUUU